UGUUGUGAACAGAGUUUGAUCCGAGUUUUGGCGCCGAUAUGUUUAAACUCAGUAAUCCGUCGCCAGUUCUCAACGCUAUGCUUAUGGCGAGUCUCGAUAUUUUUAGCCAAACCUCAGUCGAAGAUUUAAAGGAGAAACAGAUCCUUCUGACCGGUUAUCUAGAAUUCAUGAUCAAAUCAUACUUUCCCCGAAAGUCCAGACACGCCAUUAACCGACUCAGUGGUGGCAAACGGCACAUGCCGUCCGUCGAAAUCAUCACACCAUCAGAUCCCGAACAGAGAGGCGCGCAGUUGUCGCUCAUAUUCUCAGUGCCAUUGACUCCCGUCCAGGAAGAGCUCCAGAAGCGAGGAGUUGUGUGCGAUAUCCGGAUGCCGAGUGUGAUGAGAGUGGCUCCCGUUCCCAUCUAUAACUCAUUCACAGACGUCCAUAAAUUUGUCAAAAUAUUGUACGAAAUCUUCCAGAGCUUUGUCACCGAAGAGAAAGAGUUUGAUUCGCUUACUAACGAAGACUAUAUGACCGAAAUGCACGGCGACGACAGCCUCAACAGCUCUGCCAACAGCAGCACCUGUCCCUCUCCCAGCCUAUCCGACACCGAACCCGACUUCGUUAGCGCCACAAACAAACACUAUAUCAAUCAAUAGAUACCUGUCUUUACUCUAUUCCCCUCUUAUGUUAGAAAUAAUACAAUCAAUACAUUUCGUUCAAUAUUUAGUCGCAUACCUUAUCGACUGACCCGUGAAUUAAUUAUACCGUAAUUACAGCCUAUUUAUUGCAGUAUUAUUUGAUUUUUUAAAAGUAUUUAAUAUCUUUGAUUUUUUUCC